GAGGAUCUGGUCCAUAUCGGCCCAUUGGUUUCGUUCCUCCAGGACAACCGGGUCACGGUACGGGAACAGUGAGACCAAUUGGCUUCAAUACGGGAGGCAGUCCUGGUCAACCAGUUGGUCCACCUAAACAAACAGCCCCUCUUGGAAAUAGUGGAAACAACCCUCCAGCAUACAACCCAGCAGGUUACGGCCAUCCACCAGCAUACAACCCAGCUGGUUAUGGUGCUCCACCAGCCUACAAUCCGGCGGGAUAUGGCCACCCACCAGCCUACAAUCCCUCAGGAUAUGGUCAUCCUCCAGCUUACAGCCCAGGAGGCUAUCCACCAGCCUACUCUCCACAGGGUCACCCUCCAGCAUAUUCCCCUGGAUACCAUCCCCAAGGAGGAGGUGGUGGAGUCACCAUCAUAAACAACAAUAACAAUAAUCAUCACUACGGAGGAGGAUACGGUUAUGGUGGAGGAUAUGGAGGAUUCGCACCAAGUUACCAUUAUUCAUCAUACGAUACCGGCAGUAGUACUUUGGGAUUCUUUUUGGGGUAUUCUUUGGGAAGACUUAGCACACCCAGUUAUCACUACCACAGUAGCUAUUAUGGUAGCUCAGAUUAUACCCCAAGAUAUGACCACUACGAAGUUCAUCAUUAUUACCACAACAGAGACAAUGUUCCCAAGGAGGCUGUGAUCGCUCCUAAUGCUGUAGUUGCUUGUGUUGGAGACAGUGGUUCUUUCUGUCCUGCUAACACCACUUCUCUAUGUACCAACAAUGGAGCUGUAAUGUGCGUUGCCAGCGCCAUAUCAACAGUGCCUUGUACCGUACAAGGACAAACGAACUGCGUCAAGAGUACUGUCCCAUGUCUCAACAGUACCUCUCCUGAAUGCAAGGAAACUUCUCAGAACACAACUACUUUAUCAAUUCCCUGUAUAUCUACUGCUAAGAUCUACGCAAAUGUGACAUAUGUAAAUAACACUAUUGUUGUUGCUAACAUCACUAAUGUCAACAAUAAUGUAACUGUGAAUGGUACUUCAACGACUAAUGGUACAGCUACUGCAUCUAUCAUCACAACCACACCAGUUCCCGAUUCUACGAUGACUGUGAAUACUACAAAUGUAAAACAGGGUCCGCUUCAAGAAUUUUGCGUAACAAUCGUAGCUUUGCCUGCUGAGAGAAAACCAACAGAAGGCGAAAAGCUUUUUGCCGCAAGUGAAAAUAUUUUUGGGCAGUUCGCAGUGAAAGCACUAGGACUUGAUUGAGGACUUUUCGUUACCACGUUCAAUCUUGGAUAUCAUACACUUUAGAAUUGAAUCGAAAGUUACCCCCUGAAUACUCGGAUUAAUUUUAUACAUUGAUAUUAGCUUAUAAGUAGUAGCUUUUUAAAAUUAAGUCAUGUUACGAAGUUAUUGAUAUAAUUCGAUGUGAUAUUUCAGAAUAAAAAUAUUUAUAUACA